AUGGCGAGCGGGGUGAACCUCACUGCGGUGACAGUCAUUGCUGCCGUCUCCGCCGUCCUCGCGGCCGGCGUCACAGCGCUAAACGUUCCCUCCGGCGUCUUCGGCCUGCACCCCAAGCCCCACGUGCUACCCUUCUUCUGCACGUGCGACGAUGACUCAGCGCUGAUGGAGGACAGCCUGGCGCGCUGCCAGGUGGCGAGCGACUUCCUCAUCGCGCUGUCAUACCUGUCCAUCCCACUCGAGCUCGCAUACUUCACGCUGAGGGCCAGGAACUUCUCACACCGCUGGGUCAUGCUGCUCUUCAGCCUCUUCAUUGUCCUCUGUGGCCUGACCCACCUGGUGAACGUGUGGACGUACGGUGCGCACCCGCGGCAGCUGAGUGUGGUGCAGACGGUGCUCAAGGUGCUCUGUGCGGCCGUCUCAUGGGGCACAGCCUUUGUGCUCUUCACCAUCAUCCCCUCGCUCCUCAAGUUCAAGGUUCGGGAGCUUUCGCUGCAGCACAAGGCUGCACAGCUGGAUCGGGAGAUGGAUGCUAUUCGAAGAAGAGAGGAGGUGGGGCGGCAUGUGCGUAUGCUAACAUACGAGAUCCGCCAGUCCCUGGACCGCCACACCAUCCUCAACACCACGCUAGUGGAGCUCGCCCAGGCGCUCAUGCUUGAGAACUGCACCGUGUGGAUGCCCGACCCCUCGGGAGAGUAUUUGGAGCUGACACACGAACUGGAGAGAAGGCUGGUGCAGGUGCCCAUUUGCGUGCACAUAUCGGACCCGAGCGUCCAAUCAGUGAUCGCCACGUCAAACCCGUGCCUCAUCUCCCGAUCCUCCUUCAUUGGCUCGGCGUCUACGCCCCGAGGGGCCCAUGCGAACGCCAUGGCAG